GGCGCCCCGGCCAGUGCGGCGCGCAGCUCGCCAUGGGGGACACCUUCAUCCGCCACAUCGCCCUCCUGGGCUUCGAGAAGCGCUUCGUCCCCAGCCAGCACUACGUGUACAUGUUCCUGGUGAAGUGGCAGGACCUGUCCGAGAAGGUGGUCUACCGGCGGUUCACGGAGAUCUAUGAGUUCCAUAAAACCUUAAAGGAAAUGUUUCCUAUUGAGGCGGGGGACAUCAACCCAGAGAACAGGAUCAUCCCCCAUCUGCCAGCACCGAGGUGGUUUGACGGGCAGCGGGCAGCCGAGAGCCGCCAGGGCACGCUCACCGAGUACUGCAGUGCACUCAUGGGCCUGCCGGUCAAGAUCUCCCGCUGCCCACACCUCCUUGACUUCUUCAAGGUGCGCCCCGACGACCUCAAGCUCCCCACCGACAGCCAGGUGAAGAAGCCGGAGACGUACCUGAUGCCUAAAGAUGGCAAGACUAACACGGCCGCUGCCGACAUCACCGGCCCCAUCAUCCUGCAGACAUACCGGGCCAUUGCCGACUAUGAGAAGAGCUCGGGCUCCGAGAUGGCUCUGGCCAUAGGCGACGUGGUGGACGUCGUGGAGAAGGGCGAGAGCGGCUGGUGGUUCUGCCAAAUGAAGACAAAGCGAGGCUGGGUCCCAGCCUCCUACUUGGAGCCCCUGGACAGUCCUGAUGAGCCCGAGGACCCAGAGCCCAACUACGCAGGUGAGCCCUACGUCACCAUCAAAGCCUACACUGCUGCACUGGAGGACGAGAUAUCCCUCCAGGAGGGCGAAACCAUCGAGGUCAUUCAUAAGCUCUUGGACGGUUGGUGGGUCAUCAGGAAAGAAGACGCCACCGGCUACUUCCCGGCCAUUUACCUGCAGAAGGCGGGGCAGGACGUAGUUCAGGCCCAACGCCAGAUCAAGAGCCGAGGGGCGCCGCCCCGCAGGUCGUCCAUCCGCAAUGCACAGAGCAUCCACCAGAGGUCGCGAAAGCGCGUCAGCCAGGACACCUAUCGGCGCAACAGCGUCCGCUUUCUGCAGCAGCGCCGCCGCCAGGGCCGGCCCGGGCCGCCGAGCGCCGGGAGCCCGCUGACCGAGGAGAUCGAGCGCCCGAAGCCGCAGCCGGCGGUGCCCCCGCGGCCCAGCGCAGACCUCAUCCUGCACCGCUGCAGCGAGAGCACGAAGCGGAAGCUGGCGUCCCCCGUCUGAGGCCGGGCACCACCCCUCGAUGGCGCUCCGUCCCCUCCGCCGGGACCCCUGUACAUAUGUGAUUAGAGCCUGAGGUCUGGUUACCUAAGGCACUCCGGGCCCCGCCCCACCUCGCUCUCCGCCACCCUCAAUAAAUGUUGCUUAGAGUGGA